GGAAUACGAAUACACUGCUCACCAUCGAGCUCACGUCGGCCCAAAACCCUAGGUGGUUUGUAUAGUCUCCUCAUCGCCGGCGGACAGGAUGAAUAUGGAGGCGGGCGACGUGGAGAUGGAGACAUCAGCUGAGGCGGAGAUGGAUUUGUUUCAGAGAACCGCCGCCGCAUCAUCCGCCAGCUUCUCUGAUGCCGCAAUUUCCUCCAAACGCGUCGCAAUCAAGAAUACCAUACAGACCAAUUUCCAUGACGACUACGUCUUCCAGAUAGCUUCGAGUCCUGAGAUUUCUACUCUGGCUGUUUCAUUGUCGUCAAACACCAUCAAAUUGUAUUCUCCAGCCACCGAGCAGUUUCUAGGUGAAUGCAAAGGUCACAGUAGCACCAUUAAUGAGAUUAGCUUUACAGUGCCUUCCUCGCCAAAUCUUCUGUGUUCUUGUUCUUCUGAUGGCACCGUCAGAUUGUGGGAUACGAGGAUUUUUAAGCAGGUUUCCUUAAUAAAAGCAAAUUCCUGUCAAGAAAUAUUUAGCUUCUGUAUUGGCGGAGCAAGCAGUAAUCUUCUUGCUGGUGGAGGUAAUUCUCAGAUUUUGUUCUGGGAUUGGAGAAAUAGCAAGCAAGUAGCUUGCUUGGAAGAAUCUCACAUGGAUGACGUAACCCAAGUACGCUUUGCUCCUAAUCAGCAAAACAAGCUCAUUUCCUCUUCUGUUGAUGGAUUGUUAUGCCUCUUUGAUACUGAUGGACAUAUUGAUGAUGAUAAUAAUUUGGAAUCUGUAAUGAAUGUUGGGACUUCUAUUGCGAAAUUUGGGUUCUUUGGGGAGAAGUAUCACAAGCUUUGGUGUUUAACUCAUAUUGAAACUCUAAGUAUUUGGGAUUGGAGGGAUGGGAGAACAGACAUCUACUUCGAAGAUACCCGUACUUUAGCAUCAGAUAAAUGGAAUCUUGAUCACAUCGACUACUUCGUCGAUUGCUACUAUUCUGGAACUGAAGACCGCUUGUGGGUAAUCGGCGGAACGGAGAGCGGCACAUUAGGCUACUUUCCAGUCGACUGCACCGCUCCUGGUGCGAUCAGUUCUGCUGAGGCCAUUCUUGAAGGAGGCCAUACUGCUGUUGUGAGAACAGUGCUCCCAGCAUCAAAUCCGCAUCAUCACGGAAUCCUCUUGGACAAGAAAGGAAUCCUUGGCUGGACCGGUGGUGAAGAUGGCCGUCUUUGUUGUUGGUUAUCGGAUGAAAAUGUAGCAGCUAAUAAGUCAUGGAUAUCGAGCACCUUGGUCGUGAAAUCUGCCCGUAGUCGUGGCAAAAACCGGCAUCAGCCAUAUUGAGGGAACAGCCUUAUUACAGUUUUAUGUCGAAGCUUAUCAAAUGAUAAUAAAGGAGGAUUCAUUAGGGAAAAUUCCCCUACUUGCAAGGUUUGGAUUUGUUAUUUUAGGUUUAAUUUAAUGUAAUAUAUGUAUAUUUUUCUAAAUAGAUGAUUUGGUGUUAGGUUAU